UGUAAAUUUUUGUUAUAUUUGUUCAAGAAGUAUUAAAAUAUUUAAUUAAUACUGUAUGAAGAUUACUUUUGGAUGUUUGAUUAAAUUAACGUUUUGAACAGUAAAAAUAAAACACUGGCAAGAUUUUCAGAUUUUAAUCUUACAAAAAUCUGUAAAUUAUAUCUGUGCCAGCUGCAAUACUCAUGACACCGCCAAGUUUAAAAAGGAAUACUAACGAUGUUCCAUACGGGAUAUUAGCAAUUCAGAAAUGUGCACGAAUAUGUUGUCCACGUAAUCGCUGUCAAAAAGUUAUACUAUAUAAAAUAUCAAUUCUAUUCCUCACAUAUAUGUGCUAUAUAUGUUAUAAAAUGUCAAGAAAGCCAAUAUCCGUAGUAAAAUCUGUACUGCACGAUACAUGCACAAAUGGUACUUCCACACAUUGUGGUUAUGCGCCUUUUAAUACUCCUGAUGGACCUAAAUUAUUUGGUGAGAUGGACUCUGCAUUUUUAUUCACCUAUGCACUUUCCAUGUUUGCGUCAGGAUUCAUAGCUGAACGUGUAUCAUUACGUUAUUAUCUCUGUUUUGGCAUGAUCUUGUCAGGACUUUUUCAAUACUUAUUUGGUUUAGCUAAAAUUUUGGAUAUUCAUAACAUGACGUAUUUUUUACUUAUACAAAUAUUUGGUGGUAUAGUCCAAACAACAGGAUGGCCUGGUGUGGUGACUAUCGUUGGCCGUUGGUUCGGUAAAUCAAAGCGUGGUUUAGUAUUUGGAAUUUGGAAUAGUCAUACUUCUAUUGGCAAUAUACUUGGUACGCUAAUAGCUGCAGAGUAUGUGGAAUCAGACUGGUCGCUAUCAUUUAUUGUUCCCGCCAUUAUAAUUUGUAUUGGCGGUGUUAUCAUGUUUUUGUUUCUGGCAGAAAGUCCAGAAUCAGUUAGCUUACAACUUGACCGGCCUUACUCAUAUGACCUCAUUAAUGAUUCCGAUGUCGAAGAUGAUAGAAAUCGUAAUGAAUCAAGUGAAAGAGCACAAUUGUUACGGCAUAGACCAUCAAUUAGUAUAAUUGAUGCACUUCAUAUACCAGGCGUAAUCGAAUUUUCAUUUUGUUUAUUUUUUUCAAAAUUAGUCAGUUAUACAUUCCUGUACUGGUUGCCGCUGUACAUUGAGAAUUCAAGCACUUUGGGAGCAGAAGUGUCUGCCAUUUUAUCAACGACAUUUGAUGUUGGUGGUAUAAUUGGUACUAUUACAGCUGGUGGAAUAUCUGAUAAAACUGGAAUGCCUGCUACUGUGUGCAUGGUUAUGUUUUUGAUAGCAUCUCCUGUGUUGCUUUUGUAUCAACAGUUUGGUUCAGUAUCUAUGGAAAUAAGCAUUGUAUUGCUUAUACUCGGAGGCAUUACGGUUAAUGGACCAUAUGGUCUUAUAACGACAGCAGUGAGUGCUGAAUUAGGAACACAUAGUACUGUAGAAGGAAAUGCCAAAGCUUUAGCUACUGUUACUGCAAUUAUAGAUGGGAUCGGCUCAAUUGGUGCUGCUGUGGGUCCACUUUUGGCUGGUGUUUUCUGUACUGGAGGUUGGGAACAAGUUUUUCAAAUGCUUAUUAUGGCCCUGACCUGUGCAAUGAUAUUAUUAAUACGACUAGUAGCUAAAGAAUGCAUAAAUUUACGUCGUAAUAGCCGAACUCGUAGUGAAUAAUAACCAAAUCCAAAUAUAUUUUUUAAAAUGAUUUUAUUACAUUUUCAAUUACAAAUAAUUAUUUGUAAUUUUAAAUAUAUUUUUA